GCCCUCCCCGCCCCGCGCUGCCGCAGCCGCGGCUGCCGCUCCUCUCCUGCGCUCCGCCGUCUCCUUCCCUCCGCCCAAAAUCCACCCCCGGCCCGGCUCCCCACGCGUGCUGGCGGUGGUGCCGGGGCUGGGCUCGGCUGCGGGGACCGGCUGUGCCACCUGCUCCCUGCGGCGGCUGCGGKUCCCCUCGGGGCUGCAGAAGCGCCGCCGCCACCGGCUGCUCCCUCCCGCCGGGACGGGGUUUGGGGGAGCGCUCCCCGCUCCUGCCGCGACAGCGUCCUGCCUUCCUUCCCAUCGGGAGUCCCGGGCUGAGGGUGCACUUGGGCUCCCGAACGUUUGUUUCAGGGAAGGCAUGCCCCAAACGCUGAGCUCUACCAGUAUGUUUACCCCAUGUGGCUUCAGCCCUCAUCUACAUUCUUCRAAAGAAGGUGAACAAGGAGGACUGAUCUUCCAGGAUGGAAACCUUACCUCAGCAUCUYUGGAUGCUCUGAUCCAGCAUCUGAUACCUACCACUGAUUACUACCCUGAAAAAGCUUAUAUCUUUACAUUCCUGCUGAGUUCCAGACUCUUCAUUGAACCCCAUGAGCUUUUGUCCCGAGUUUGUCACAAGUGCAUUGAGCAGCAGCGGCUGGAUGACCCCGUGCUGGACAAGGCUCGAAUCAGAAAAUUUGGACCCAAAAUCUUACAGCUGCUGACRGAGUGGACAGAGACAUUCCCGUAUGACUUUCAGGAAGAGCGGAUGAUUGGCCAUCUGAAAGACAUGAUUCACAGGAUAGCCCCUUGUGAUGAGGCCUACUGGAAAAAGAUGAACCAGCUUUUGCAAGCCCUGAAUCAGAAGCUUGCAACCCUCAGCCAUGGGCAAGAGGGGAUUGUCAAGAUCAGUUCUGCUGUCUCUGAUAAGCUGGUUGCCUUCAAAACUAAACCUCCAUCAAUCCAGAGAGAAAUCCUGARUGUCUGCAGUGACCCUUACACCCUGGCUCAGCAGCUGACACAUGUGGAGCUGGAGAGGCUAAGUCACAUCGGACCCGAGGAGUUUGUGCAGGCSUUUGUUCAUAAAGACCCUCUGGAUGGCACCAAGAGUUGUUUCAGUGARCAGAAGAAGACGAGUAACCUUGAGGCCUAUGUGAAAUGGUUCAACAGACUCUGCUAUCUCGUAGCGACAGAAAUUUGCAUGCCUGCRAAAAAGAAACAGCGAGCGCAAGUCAUCGAAUUCUUCAUUGAUGUUGCCCGAGAGUGCUUUAACAUAGGGAAUUUUAAUUCACUGAUGGCAAUCAUUUCUGGAAUGAAUAUGAGUCCAGUUUCCAGGCUAAAGAAGACUUGGUCAAAAGUGAAAACAGCCAAAUUUUUCAUUCUCGAGCACCAGAUGGACCCUACUGGCAACUUCUACAACUACCGGACAGCGCUGCGGGGGGCUGCUCACCGGUCCCUGACYGCACACAGCAACAGGGAGAAGAUUGUGAUCCCCUUCUUCAGCCUAUUGAUCAAAGACAUUUAUUUUUUGAAUGAGGGAUGUGCUAAUCGCCUUCCAAAUGGACACGUCAACUUUGAAAAAUUUCUGGAACUGGCUAAGCAAGUAGGAGAAUUUAUAACMUGGAAGCAAGUGGAGUGUCCAUUUGAGCAAGACCCUAACAUCAUCCACUACUUGCACACUGCUCCYAUUUUUACUGAAGAUGGUUUGUAUCUGGCUUCCUAUGAAAGUGAAAGUCCGGAAAACCAGACAGAAAAAGACAGGUGGAAAUCCUUAAGAUCCACUAUUUUAGGAAAAACUUGAAGAUUGAGAGAUUACUGCAGUAGGUCAAGGAAAAGAAAUCCGCAAACAUUUUGCACUACUGAUUCCAAAGAUGCCUGUUUGGGAUUUAGACAAUUUUUUUUGUUUGAGUUUUUGUUGGGUUUUUUUGACUGCCUAACAUGAUGGAUGAACUGGAUUCAUCCACGGAAAUCGACAGAACUGUGUGCACAGUGAUGCUUUUCUAGCUAUGAGACAGAGAGAGGAAGGACAAACAAUUUGUGGCUGUGCCCAAACUGCGUCAGGAUUGCUGUAAUUUUGCCUCUGAAGGAAAACGCAAGAAAACCAGGAGCAGGGAGAAUCAUGGUACUGCAAGAGAGAAUGGAAAAGUAUAAAAAAGGAAAGCAAAAAUACAAGAGUAUUUCAGAAGCAGGUGCUUCAGACAGCAGCUCUWUAAACCCUCUGAGGAUUGUAAAAUUAAAUCAAAGACAGACACAACAGCAAUCUGGUUAAUUGCUGAAUGAAGAAAAAAGAACUUAAUCUUGCAUUAGCAGUCCCCCAGCCUUGUUGAACAAAGCACUGACUGCUGCAGGGAUGAGCUUGCAGGGAUGAGGACUGACUCUGCUCACGUACAAGUCUGUCACAUCAGCAUGGGACACUUGUCCUGACCYCACGGACCUUUACAGACAACAGCCUGGAGUGGGAUAUUGCUUAGUUAACCUUCCCAGCACUGUGGUUGCUUUCCUUGCUGUGGAUCUGGGCGGGUCUGAGGAGGGCACAGAGUGCAGAUGGUGCUGCUUWAAGACACCCCCACCACUUCUGAGUUUGAAUGAAGAAGCAAAUGACUCUGGACUCAACUUACCUCUAUUUAAUGUAUGUAGUAUACUCCCUAAAUUCAUUGAUGCUGAGUUGCAUCUUUUAAGAGGUUUUAUCACACUCAAAGAAAAAAGGUACUGAAUUACUAUUUCUAUCAGGUUCCAGUUAACAUGGUACUGUUUAUUUUGCAAAACAAUACUUAGGAGGAUGGAGGAUAAUAGCUCUGAAUUUGGGAACUACAUGGUAUGCUUUAAAAGGGCAAAGGGUUUCAGACUAAAAUGAAUGCMCUAAAGAAUUUGUCAUUCAUGAGCAGAUAACCAUUUUUGUCUUUUUUACUUUUAGGAUGUAUAGUUCACAGUUUCCUUAYGGAUAAUAUGAAAUAGGGACUAUGUCUUGUGUUUAAAGUUGUACACUGAUCAAGGUGCUACUGUAAUAGAUACAUKAAAUGAUAAAAAACUGUAUUAGAUUCAAAACUAAGCCCUAACAGUAGACUAAUUGUUUGUGUGUAAAAGGAAUGUUCCUAACUGCCCCAGAAAAUAUCUCAAAAAGCUUAAAUUAAACCUAAAAGCCACAUUCAUACUGAACAUUGCACUUUUAUUACUGACUUGGUGCUGCCUUUUCAGAUGUUCCAGUCCUUCUCUCCCUACAACAGAAGGAUGUAAUGCUUUCUUUGCAAUAAAUAAUAAUUUUAUUUCAGUACAGAGUGAUUCCAAGUGGCUGUAGUAUUUUGAAAAAUUAGGCUAGUCUUAAAACCUGGCUGUUGGUGUAUGAAUUCAGCCAGAAAACUGGAAUUGUUCCUGCCCUCUGCCAGGCCUCAAAGUUGUCUGUGCCUGUGGGAGCUGUUGACCUGGAGGCACUGGUGGGCUGGAGUUUGAGGGCAGCAGCCYRAGAGUGCUCUGUGUGAUGCACUCCAGGUYUGAUGUGUCUGCAGAGCAGUUCUGUGUUGAAUUAUGGCCUGUGGGAGCCCAGCCUGGCUCAMUGGAAUCCACUGCUCUUGUGCUUGCUGAGCUGAGCUGAGCAGGGUGGAUUCUUCCACAUUUGCAAACAGGGGCUUGAAGCAGAAGUUCAGCUCCCCUUUCUCUGUAGAUCUCUCAGCGCUUGAAUUUGAACAAGGGGGAUAUAAAACUGWAAUGUGUUUAUUCAAGCUUUGCAUGGAAGAACUAAUUGUAAAGAUGGCACAGCAUCAUUGCAGCCAYGGAAUGAUGGCUGAUCUGCUGAUACUGUGAAUAUGCUGUUUGUUAAUUUUUGUACAUGAGCUGAGAGCUGUACAGAGAAGCUAUACCCACAUAGUUGUUCCUUCAGGCAGAACCAUUUCCAAAAUGAAGCCAUUAAAAGCCUGUUAAAUUUCARAUGAAUCCAGAGCAAUAACCAUAAACAUAUCUACAACAAUGCUAAUGUUUAAGUGUGUUUGCUAAAUGGUCAUUUUUUUCUUACUAUCUGCAGCUUUUUAACAGGCACAGUGUGACUUCACAGUGGAAAUUUGGGGGUUUUAUUUAUGUGAAAUCCAGUGUAGGUGGAUGGGCCCUUUCUUAAAACCUGCUUUUUAAAAUGGAAAUCCUCACUCCUUUUCUAAUGAGCCACUAGAGGCUGGUAGAGAUGAGAUUAUAAAACCAUGACAAUGAAUUAAAAAGCGUUUUCUCAUUAUAAUUCCUUAUAUUUUGGGGCACCUUCCUUGAAUUUGGGCAAUUUUGUAAGUAUAAAUUAAAUUAGAUCUCCUAAAAUUUAUCACUGUUGCAAACUAAACCACUUCCGUAGUCCAAAACUUUCAAACCUCAGUGCUUGAAAUGGAAGCAUGAAGGUCAGAUUUAGGUGGGUAUUAAGGGCUUAGUGGGACUGUCAGAAGCACUAAAUUAUUCUUAAGCCUUCAUGUAGUCACACAUUUAAAAGGUCUUUUUUUCAGAGGUGCUAAACAUCCUCAUCUCUUGGUGAGGAGUGAGGCAAUCAUUGCUUUAUAGAGGUKCAUGGCACAUUAAUCUGUAGUGUUUGAUCUCCAGAGACACUCACUGCUCUUUGCAAAAUAUCUUGGAGAUGAGCGUGCAAAACAACUCAAAAUGAGAAGAUGGUGCUUUUAAAAAACAGACUUCAGGAGUCAUAGCUUGUCUCCACAUAAUUUUGUAGCUAAAAUAUUUAAACAGAAACAAGGUAAGCCUUAAGUUGCAGCUGUCGGUUGCAUUUUAAUUGWUCUGUGGCCGAACCAGGGUGAACAGCUCCUGGCCGGAGCAUGGUUAGAGCCCUGCUUCACCAACUGAGUACAACUGGAAACAAAGAAUGACAAUUUGGGCAAUAGAUUUCUUCUAAAAAUGUAGUAAUAUUAAAUGAAAAUGAGAACAUAAGCAUGUCCAGUGAUCCAUUUUUCUUAGAAGUUCUUAAAGGCAUAAAGAACUCCUGCCAUCCUGAAAAAAAAAAAACAGGAUCACUUCCCACCAAGGACUAAACCACUGUAAGGCGUGUAGUCAUUAGACCAACCUCUAGGUAACUUAGUAGUAGUAAUGUUGUGGCUUUCUAAUUCUGCUUCUUUGAGUGGAAUCACUCCCUGACAGCUGCUUGAACUACAGCAACACUGAGAAGAGAGCAAAACUAGACCCRUAGGUCUGCAGUGUUGGUAUCAACCCCCUAAGCUGGUAAGAUGUGAAUAAUGACACAGUCUUACAGAAGCAUUAACUUAGCUUCUGGUGUACAGCAGUAUUUUAAAGAGCCAAAUACAUGAAAUCACUUCURCACCUCCUCCAGUGUAAUCAGAAUGGUAGCAAAAGUCCCAUUUCUUCAUUUCUUGAGUGUGCCAUUCUGCAGUGCAGGGCUAAAUAUAAAGCUCAGCAGAAAGCAAGGAGGGAAUUGUGUGCCUUCAGCUUGUGUGAAGUCAGUAGACUAAUUUCCUUAAUGCCUUUCAAAAGACACUUAAUCAUACAACGUUGCCCUCAAUUUCACAUCAGCAUCAAUCAUAUUACUGAAUUAAAGGUGCACGGAUGUGGGUCAGCUCGGCGUGACUAAAUUUUCAGGGCAGAAACUCAAAACGAGUCAAGCACUCRAGAACCCUGUGCACCAGAGUACACUGAUUAGGCUAUCAUUAUUCCCCCUCUUAGACAAUGAACACAAUCCUGUCAUACAUCUCUGGAAGCUCCCCAUGUGGAUAGAGCAAACUGUGAUCUCAGCCUCUACUGAGGUGUCACUUUAAUAAAAGUGUGGACAGCUGGUAAAGCACUUAAAUAAGAAACAAUUUAAAUGUGGAGAUAUUUUUCUCAGUUUGAGAAUAUUUUAURAUGUGGUCAGUGGUGAUAAGAUAAUCACUCACUUAAAAUGAAGCCUGUCCCUUACUGAUAUCUUAYGUUAUUUCAUCAUGUUUUAUUGCAAUAGUUUGUGCACCUUUUCUUAAAGCACAUGAGCACUGGUUUGCAUGUGACUGUAAAUCCAGUUUAGAACAGAACUUAGAUCACUGAAUAUGUAAUUGGAAUUACUAACAAAAAAGACAUGUUAGAAGAAAAGAUAGUUAUGCAUAUCAGUGUAAAAAUGUUACACAGUUAAUAGUCUCUGGCCUAGCAAUGRCUGUGUUCCAUGCAAUCAGACUGAUUCCAAGCACAGCAAUGUGCUAGAGGAAAAAGUCCAAUUAAUUUUGAUGGGCUUUGAUAAUAGCAGUCCUGCUAUUAUUAACUGCAGUACAGUUUUUAGUUAUUCAUAUGUAUUAAACUGUAUUGACAACUGGUGUAGUCUCUGUGCAGGUGCAACUCUCAGAUGGGAGGUGCACUGAAUAGGGUAAAAAUCCAGCCUUAGCUAAAGUUUKAUUUGACAUUGUUGAAGUUUCAACAGCAAAUUUGAGAAUUAAAUCUGAUCCAAUGAAUGAAUUAAAGUCUGAGAGCAAAAUUUGACUUUCUGGUUUUAAGAAGCUUUUUCUCUUUUUAUACUAGUAAAAAUCAGCUGUACCAUCUCAAAUGACUCAUUGAAAAUUAAACCCCCUUUGAUUGUGAACUGAUUAUUUCCAUUGUUGUAGUUACAGAAUGGGGUUAGGGAGUGACAAGSAAACAGGGAAAACCCCCUCUGUAACUGCUAUGAAACUCAACUGUGGGCCAAAGCUGUCUUUUCUUCUGUCCUUUCUAACAUUACCUGUCGAGUGAAAUUACCUCUGUAGGUGGUGCAGGGCAUUACUGAAGUGUGGCUGGGGAAYAGCACACAUGUACGUGGGGUCUGGAUGGCAGCACGUGGCACCACCAGGGACACACUGUGGUGAUGGGAUGAUCCUGGGACAAAGCUGAUGUGCACAUUCACAUCUGAGCCUGCACUCAGCUUUCUGAUGCCAGCACAUAUCCCUUUUGAAAGGCAGGAAGUUCUUGGAAGUUCACCUGAGGCAAAGCCUACUAUACCCAACAGAAUGAUUACAAGAAAAUUCUUUGAACUAAAAGAGGUUUGUCUUGGACUUGGAAAAGUGAAGAAUUUGUUACUUAGCUAACAGAGAUUCAAAGAUCUAAGCAACAUAGAAAAAUAAAUAUUUUAAAAAUUAUGAGAAAUACCUCAAUGAUUGUUAACCUUCAUAUUUCACAGCAUGGCAGAAGAGUGGAACAAAAUACCUGUGCAUAUCUUCUAGUAAUACCAAUGGCAGCUGGGCAGGUGAAGGCAGGAGAUAAUAUAGUGAAAUUCUGGUGCAGAAAAUGUUACCAAUAAUUUUGUUKUAAUAUUGGAUAGAGCAUGUCCCUUCCCCUGCAAUCACUGCUUCCUGCUCUGUAGAGCAGGAACAGAUCUGGAUGGAACAGAUCUGGAGUUUAAUCUGGUUUGUAUUAAUUCCUUUUACAAUUCUUUGUGCAUAUUUUUUUCAGACAUGCAAAAACCACUAAGUACAUUAAAGCUAAUGCUCAUACAGGGCAUCACAKCUGCAUUGUUACAUUGUGCAAGUGUAGAUAGGGUGCAAAGAGCUUGUACAGGUGGUAUUUCAUCCAUUCUGCACAGGUGCAAGACACUGAAACUCAGGCUGCAGCCUCAGYUGCAGGAAAAAGCUGAGUAACUCCUGCCUAAAUCCCCUGCCCUUCUCUGUGGCCAGCACAAACUGUAGUGCUGUAAAUUCAGAGUGGCUCAGACUGCUCGCUUUUCCCUUGAUGCCUUUCCCUCCACAGAAGUGGUGUUUUGCUCCAUAAACAGCUCUUGCAAAAUGCCAAAGGAACAUUUUUCUAGCUCUCUGCCAUAGAAAGGUUCUGUAAUCAUACUCCAGAUCUGUCAUAACAGAAUAGAGUCCUUCUCCCUUUUCAUCCCCGUGGCCUUAAAACUGCCAACCYAGAUUAAUACUGCAGUGUAGCAAUGUUCCCAGGCUUCCUAGAAUGCAGAAGAGUUCAGAGCUCACGAGUCCUACAAGUUAAAUGUUUGUACAGGAACCUUCCUUCUAAAAGGUGCAAAGCCCAUUUAAUGAAAUUUUGAACAGAAAAUUCCAUAUUCCAGCUACCUUUUAGAGAAACAUGAUUUCCUCAGUGAACUAUUACUGGUCAGUACUAUAUCACUGCUUUCCUUAUUUAAUUAUGCUUCUAAAAUUCUGGUCUUUUUGAAAUGAACAUAUGAUGGUUUUUUGAUGAUUGGUCCAUGGGCGAAUAGAACAGAGGAAAUGGGGGCUGUAGUCUGGACUGUUGACAUCAUAUGUAUUUCUUUAGCAGCCCAAGUUGGGUUAUCACUUACUGUCUGUCCUUGCCUUGAACCAGAAGGAAUUGUUCCAAUACAAUUGUUCUAAUUAUUAAAACUUAGUGAAAGACGCACAAAUGGAGCUAUUAAAUUCAAGUGUUUUGAGGUUCUGAUUCUUAUAAAUGUACAAGUACUUCCCUUGAGGGUCUGUCUGUAAAAACACCAUUACCAGUACACAACACAGAUGGAAAAUAAAUUAUCCUCUGCUUCUGGUUUUCAGAACUCUUAGCAAGUGUUGAUCAGCUUAUAAAGGUGAAAAAUGGGAUUUUAAGAUUUUUUUCACUUUUAGCAAAAGUGAUUAUCAACUAUCUUUAAUAUAAACUCCAAGAACAUUCUAAAACAGUUGGAAUGAUACUAUUUAGUCACAGACGUAAAAGCACAGAGUAAAAAUGGGUAAGCAGAACUGUUGUCUGUAUUUUCAGACCGAGAAAUUCAAAGGUUUAAUGACAAGYCUAGGGUUACCUGGGAAGUAUGUCCUUUCAAAAAAUUACCCCACAAAGAUAUCCAAAUUUUUGUUUUACAUUUCUUCUGCUGUUACUCCUUUUCACAACUGUGCUUAGAUAAAUGGGAACUAAAUUAAGAUUCUAGGUUUUGAAAAUAAUCAAGCUAAGAAAUAAAUAUGGCUUAAAAGAGUGGUAUAUAUUAAUCAUGUGAGUGAUAGCAAUGAGGAACUGUGCUUUUCMUGUAUCUUUUUCAUUAAAUUAAACAAUUCAUGUUGUGAUUAACAUUUUCAAGUCAAGUUAAAAUCCCUCUACCAUAGAAUCAUAAAAUUGUAGAAUCAUUUAGGUUGGAAAGGAUCAUCACCUUUUAAGAUCAUCAAGUCCGACUUUUAACCCAUCCAUUAUACUCAAACCAUGUAGCUUUGUUGGAAGUUCCCAGAACAAAUACCAACACUUUAUUAAUUGCACAGGCAGGAAACAGUAAAGUUACUUGAAAGUGGCUGUCAUGAUUUUGUGACUGUACAUAGAUCUUGCAAAAUGUUAUUGGUAAUAUGCAUCCCGUACCCCACAUAAACACUGCGAGAAUAGCAUGGUCAUUGUUACGCUUUAUAGCUGUUGUGGAAAAUGUCUUAACCUGCAUUCAUGAUGAUAGUGCCCAUCCUACUCCCAUGCCUUUUUAUACAGUUGUGGUAAGAUUGUUAUGAAAUCCUUUUGUCAGUCAUGUUCCAGCUAACUUACCUAUGUAUAGAAUUUAUAUAUUAAACCCCCCUAAUUUAUACUGUGUUUUAACAGUUUGCCUGAACUGUCUAUGGUUUCUAAAUUUUGUAAUGUGAGUGUCAAAUAAGAAUAAUAAUUAAAAAAAAAAGGCUUGGCUGU